UGACUCUUGAAAUAACACUAGAAAGCAGAUCAGAAAGUCACGAGAGGCUCGUUGGAGUGACGAAGGCACAGGAAGUGUCACACAGACACACACAGAGCACAUUGUGGGUCAUUGUCCGAGGACAGAAGAACAACACACUCCUGUGCUCCUGUUCUCCCACCGUCCGUCUGCCGCCUCCAUCCCCACCGUGAAGGUUCAGACUCUGGAACCUGAGAUUUCUCCUGUGGAAGGUUCAAGACCGAGACGUGAAAAUGGGAUGUUUCGAAUUCCUCAAGGUCACAAUGUUCCUGUUCAACGGCAUCAUCUUCCUGGCGGGCGCUGCCAUCCUGGGCGUGGGCAUCUGGGUGAAGGUGGACAGCGGCUCCGUCCUCGGCUUCCUGGGGAAGAUUGAGGACGCGCCCUCGGAGCUCAGUCAGGUGCUGAACGUGGGCUACCUGCUGAUCGCCAUCGGGGCGCUGCUGCUCGUCAUCGGCUUCCUGGGCUGCUGCGGCGCCAUGAAGGAGAGCAAGUGCAUGCUGCUGCUGUUCUUUAUCAUCGUGCUGCUGGUCUUCAUCGCAGAGGUUGCCGGAGCAGUGGUGAUCUUGGUGUUCAGACCCUUGGCGGAGGAGCUGCUUCAGAAGCUCAGCAAAGCAGCCGUGAGUAACAUCAAGAAGGACUAUGGGAAGAACCAGGACAUCACCGGCCUGUGGAACACGACGAUGACCGGGCUGCAUUGUUGUGGAUUUCACAACUCCUCCGACUUUGUGGGUUCUCCGUAUUAUGUGGAUCACGACGAUCAGUUCCCGCCCCAGUGUUGUCCCGACACAACCUCCUCCUGUAACCAGACGAACGCCGACACUGGCAAGAUAAACCCUGGCUGCUUCCAGAAGAUCUGGGAUCUGAUUAACAGCAACACACUGGUUAUUGUGGGAGUGGCCCUGGGGAUUGCAGUUCUGGAGAUCUGUGCUAUGGUCGUCUCCAUGGUCCUGUACUGCAGGAUCAAAUCCCUGAGCGCCUGACAGGGAGUGAAGAGCUCCGCCCCUUUCCUGCAAAAACGUCUCAGUGCAGUCAGAUCACGUGCAAUCAGAUUAAUGAAUGACAACAUCCAUCAUCUGUCCAUCAUCUGUCAAUCAUCUGUCAAUCAUCUGUUCCAGUCCCAUCUCAUUUCUGCCAGAAACAUCAAUUUUUUUACCACAUAUAAAUCUAACACACUCUGUAUAUAACAAAUCUAUUUCUACACUACACUAUAUGAAGCACAGUGCUGCUACAACCGGUAACACACUGCCAGUUAAUUCAAUUAUAAUUAUAAUUCACUGUGUGCGACGCUGUGGAAGGGUGUUGUCGCAGUGCAGCUUGUAAGAUAACGACAGAAGUGACACAUUAUUUGUAUGUAAGUUGUGUUGUGAACAAUUUUGGAAUAAAGUGCAGAUCAUUUGUAGAA